AUGAGCCUCAACAAUGGAGAUGACUUUGAAUCGUGCAAUGAAGAGGAUCAUCAUCAUUCGGAAAGCCAAGUCGGAAAUGAACAGUUAGUAGGGGGAGCAAAUCUUGGGUUCUCAGAAGAAGAGAGUAGUAGUAGUAGUCAAAGUGGUAAUCAAGACGAGUUCAUGAAUCUUCAAUCAAGUCCGGAACAACCUCGAGAGGAGCAAGGCAAUCCUUUUAUUUUGGAACAAGAGGAAGAUGAUGAUACUUUUAGAGAAGAUUUUCAAAGUGUGCUGUCAUUUGCCUCUCCGAUUCCAAUGUAUUCGAUGAAUCUCAAUGACUCUAGCUUUCAACAUGUGUUUGUUACUCCUCAAGAGACCGAGUUGUCCACUCAAUUUAAUCAAGAUUCAUUGAUUGGAUAUGAGACUCCUCCUUUCAAUAGAGAAAUCAAUAAUUUAUCGGAUUGUUCUGCCAUUCUUCAACCAUGCUCUGUUAAUUCUCAGUGGAGUGACGUUCCUUUAAGUGAUCUUCCAGGUUUCAAAACACCUUUCAUCACACCUCCCUUCAAAAGAAUUGUUCGACAUGUUUUACCUGAUUCUGCUCCAAGAAAUGUCAUUUCAACUUUGGUGCUCUCCAGGAAUUACUCAUCAACAACAAAACGAAAAACUUUGAAAGUUAAAAAGAUGAACAUUAGCGGAACAGCACUUCGUUUUACUCCCAAAAGUUGUGAAGAAGAUCAUCCCAACAACUGUCAAAAUGAUUCAACAAAUGUUUUGAAUGACUUCGAACAAAAAGAUAAAACAAAUAGUGAUAUUUUCAGCCCUCUUAAAGAAUUACAAUACUUUGGAGAAAACAAGUCAUCAGUGGAAUCCUCUGUUUGUUGUCACCUUUGUCAAUGCAAAGAUACUGAAAUUCAAUCACUAAAAGAGCAACUUCAAGAUCAAACAUCGAAAUACAAUCUCCUAUUGAAAGAGUAUGAAUUGUUGAAAGAGUUGUAUGAAAAGUCUGAAACUGCCUCUGAUACAUCCUCCGUUAACUCUUUGACUUCUUCACAAUCUUCAGAUUCGACGAGAAAGGUUCUGAGAAAUGUUAUUUCUUUCGAAAAUGCAAAAUUCAUCAAGCUGCUUUGCAGAGUUAGAAACUUUACGAAGGAAGAGUUGGAAGAGAUUCAGAACAACAACGAGGGUAUGGAUUCGAGAAUUCUUUCCUCUCUUGUUCGUCACACCAAUGAUGAAGAAAGCAACUGCGAAUUCUCUGCCAAUCAGGAUCAGCUCUUAACGCUUCCUGUAUUGACAACAGAUGACUCUAAAGUAAUAAUUCGGAAGUAUUUGAACAGCACCUUGACUGGUGUUGGAAGCAAAAUGUCAAAAUAUGAAUUUCUUUUUGACAAGGUGUUUGGUUUCAAUUCUGAAAAUUCGCAAGUGACAGAGUCGUUAAGCUCUUUUCUGAACAGAGUCAUUGACGAUGAACCACAACAAAGACUCACAGUUAUGGCAUAUGGAGCAACUGGUUCUGGAAAGACCUUUACCAUUCAAGCUCUCAUGAAUUAUGUCAAACCCAUGCUCUUUUCAAAACUUGAUUCGAAAAUUGUUAAAUCCAUACAUUUUAACUGUUUUGAGGUCUACAAUGAACAAAUUGAGUUACUUUUGAAUAUUGAAGUUGAGAAUUUUAAGAUUGUACAGAAUGAAAGUGAAUUAGACAAAUUAAUACAAACUUCUCAUAAUAAGAGAAAAUGUGCUGAAACAGAGUUCAAUAAGCGUUCAUCAAGAAGUCAUUGCAUUUACCGAUUUAAGGUGUGUUUUGAUGAACGCGAUCUCGAUUAUUGCAAUAUUUUAAACAUUGUGGAUCUUGCUGGUAGUGAACGACUUUCAAGUGACGCCUUUAUGCAGUCCCAACUCAAUACCUCUCAGAACAAUACUCCUCGAUCCAGAGAGGUCAACAAGGAGGAAGCAUUGAAAAGUCUCAAAAAAAUAAGGAAUACUGAAACUGUGAAUAUUAACAAGUCAUUGAGUGUGUUGAGUCAGGUGAUCAAGUCGUUGGCACAAGGAUCCAAAUUCAUCAAUUAUAGAGAUUCUAUUCUUACUAAAAUUCUUAAGAAUGACCUUUCGCAGGUUGCUUUGAUCGUUACCAUUAAACCGCCCACAAAAAGUAAGGACAAGACAGAAGUUGAGAGAAUUAUCAAUUCGUUAACAUUUGCGAAAAAAGCAAAUGCUUUUGAGAUUUCAAAUUUCAAAUAA